UGCUCAUGUGACACAUUAAGCAGCAGGUGCUACAGACUGGAAAAACAGGUUUUCAAUUAGCUCGGCACAAACAAGCCGGGCAUUCGGGAGAACAAGAUGCUCUGAGACAGUUUGACUUGAAUGGCAUGGGUUAAGUUUUAAAACUAUGUGGAAUGCGGAACUUUUCUUUCCUCAUUCUUGCAGUGAGAAUAAUUGCACUGAUAAAUGUCCACCAAGGACAUUGGCCGAGGUAGAGCAUUAAAUAGGAAAGUAAAUAAAGAGACAGGAGACAAUAAGAGUUAGGACACAGCUCACAACAUCAAUCAUUAAAACGUGUACUUUGAUUGUUGAUCUUGCAGCAGUUAAAAGUUGACUUACAUAUGUGUGUCAACUGAGGCAUCCUUUUUAAGGUAAGUGUUGUUGGGAUAUGUGAUCCUAUGAUGCAGCAACUAUAAGACAUGAACAGAAAAGGGGAGACAUGCUUUUGGCAGUUUUUGUUUAUAGGUUUACAGUUAUAUAAAAUGUCUAGGAAAGUGUCCGGACAUUUUUGGGAGUUUGCCUUUCACAUAUUCUACUUUUUUUUCAUCGUGAAAUAUUUGUACUUAGCUUUUUCAGUUAGAAACAGUACCAACAUGUCCACUAACUGUGAAUUUUCACAGCUAACUCGUGACAUUUUCUGGAUCAUCCUCAGGAGCUGGCAGGAAAAUUUCCAGAAAAUGUCUGGAGCAACUGGCUCAGACAUUUGUGUCUUCACAUCCACCCCCCUUGGAAUAUUUUCGGUAAGUAUCCUGAUUUUAGGCCAUGUCUGAAAGCAGCUGAAGAAGGUCCACAGAAUCUGUACGUGCUAAAGGUACGCGGAGCUACUGUAGUUUUGGGCCCAUGGUGACAGGUUGGUCCAGUGAAGCAGCAACUGUUUAUGGUCCAGUUUCUUUCACAGAGAGAGAGACCAGUAACUACAGGGAAACAGAUGUUAAUGAGGCACUUGACAUUUAACUCCAUAACGCUGCCACUUUGCCCCCUGCUGCUGUGUGGAAUAACUGUCAGCCCUGUAGGAAAGACUGGCAGCCUGAGUGUGCAUGAGACAAAUAAUUCUGUUGUUUGACACAAAACUCACACCUUGACAAAAGUCGCUUACCUUGCAAACCUCAAGUGUUCUCGUGUAUGUGUUGUAGGAAAGAGUCUUGAAGUAUUUUUUGUUUGAGGUUGAUAAAACUCAUUGUUUAUACUGCACACACCCAUUUAACAGACACUGUCAUGUUACCUGUAAGUUGUGGAUCAUUGCUUGCUAUUGUUAUAUUGUAAAUCUGCACAAUUAUGCGCAAAAUGCUCAAUCUGACAUUGUCGGAGAAACACCCACAGUUUCCAUUUGACCUACAGCUAAACAUAAGGAAUAGAACAUGAUAGAAAAGGAACAAUAUAUCCAAAGAAUAUUUUACCUUUCUAUUGAUGAGAGCACAGACUGAGUGUAUUACACUACCCAAAAUCUGCUGUUUUUAUACAAGCAUGAUUAACAUAGUAAAAAACUUGUAAUAAGUACUGACUAUGCAUUAUUUUAUCCUAGUCCAACAUGUCUACAAUGAAUUCUCUUGAUAGAUGCAAACCCAAGAGUUUGUCAAAGGCUUGAUUCCAAACCUGAAAACAACCUUCCUUAUUCUCUUGAGGGCUUCUUCAUAACAGCCUGGUGCCUUUUUAAGCUGUUAUAUUCUGUACAUUUAUUUUGCUCCUUUAAGAGAAAUAUAUGUUUAACAUUUAUUCUUCGAUCGCGAGCUCCUCUGUUAUCUCAGGUAAGCGAGUGAUGGAUUCUCAGGAGAUGAAGGUCACACCACAUGUUGUCUUUAACUGCAGCACUGAGCCCAUCCUGGGGGCAGAACCACCAGCUAAUUAUUUGAAGGAGGGAACCUCCUGAAGCCUUACUCCUCAUCUCUGCCAUUAAUCGUGUCUCAUUUGUUACUGUAAGUUAGUGUGGAGGAGCCUAUUUGUAGACCCGCUGACGUUUUUUUCCAGGAGCCCAAACUGUUGCCGUCCGUCUUGUGGCUGGCUGACUCUUGUGGGAGGGGGGAAGGAUGUCUAACAACAUGGCCAAGAUUGCAGAUGCUCGGAAGACUGUAGAGCAGCUGAAACUGGAGGUGAACAUAGAGAGGAUGAUGGUAUCCAAAGCAGCAGCCGAUCUGAUGGCCUACUGUGAAGCCCACGCCAAAGAGGACCCCCUGGUGACACCAAUGCCUUCCUCCGAGAACCCGUUUAGGGAGAAGAAGUUAUUCUGUGUAAUACUAUAACCCUCACAUUCACGAGACAAAAUAAUGAAUGUUCCUUUCAAUGAAUUCAGUGUCAAAUUUAAUGAUAAAAACAAAAAGAAACCCCCUUUUUUAUUAUAACAUUCAGUUUUGUAUUUAAAGUAGCUCUUUGGUGACUGACUUUACCUGAGAGAUGAUGAUCCAUGGAGCAUGAAAAUGAUGACAAUAAAAAUGGGAGCAAAGUUCAUUCCCACAGGCAUGUGCUGCUGCUGCUCCUUGUGCACACAGAUUAGACAUUAACCUUUUCACCAAAUUGUUUUUAAGCUUUGUAAUCUAAAAUCAAACAUUUCGCUAU